AUGACUCAUGUGGAAAAACAACAAUCGAGGCAGGGGAAAGAGGCAAUACAUUCUGGCCAUUUUAUGGUGUCGCAUUUUGAAGCUGAAGAGCAAGAUGAUUAUGACGAUCUAGCAGUUCCUGUUCCUGACGAGGAGCAGACUACACCUAAGGAAUCUGUUGUAGCAACAUACACAGUUCCUGUAACUACUGAAACAUUCCAUCUGAUAGAUAAUGAAGAAAGUAUACAACAUCAACAACUUUCUAUAGAGAUAUCUCUUAAUAAACUUUUUAAAUGUAUGACACUCGCCUACAGACAAAAGCUUACAUCACCCAAAUGGAAUCGUUUUAAAGGUAUAAAGCUUCGCUGGAAGGACAAAAUAAGGUUAAAUAACGUUAUAUGGAGGUGUUGGCAUAUGCAGUUUAUUAAAAAACAGAAUACUUUGGUCUGCCAGUUUGCGUCUCCUUUGGAUGUAGACACACACGUUAAACCAGAAACAACAAUUUUAGAAGGAAAGUAUUGGAAACGAAGAGCUGAAGCCGUAAUUGCAGAAUACAAAAAAUGGCGCAUGUUUCAUAUAAUGAGACUCCUUGGAAAGGGGGACACCUCUGUCCAGGAUACAAUGUCGGAUAUGGACACGGUGGAGUCCCAGUGCAGCGACCUCGCGGGAAAUAUGCUGACCGACGAGGAUUAUCUUAAUUUCAUGAGCGACACACUAUUUUCCACAAUUACCAGUCACCAACCAUUCGCUUUCCCCGAUUGCCGGGAAAUUGCUAGGGGUGCAAGCUUAGCUGACUUCAUACAACCAAGCUUAGGUCCCCUGCAGCCUAAUCUUGAUGAUUUUAUGGACACGUUGGAACCCCUUCAUGAUCUUCUAACGUCGACAUCUCGCCUACCUUCCGUUCCCGAAGAAACGACGAUACCCACUGAAGAUACCAUGUACAGGAGUGGAAUGUCGGUUGAUUCGUAUUCAACCCAAAAUUACCUUGGAAGUCACGCAACCCCAGCAACAAUGCCGACGAGUCAAAUGACCAUUCAUGGCACCGCCAACAAUACUCAGAUAAUGCCCUUGGAACAGACCAAAAGUGAGCCGAUACAAAUGUACAAUGGACGGUUAUAUCCUGAACCAGAAAUUCACAAUAACAUUCUCAAUAACCAAAUUAUGCCAGCGUUCACCGCAUACGACCAAACCACUGAACAAAUUAAUAAUGUUUAUCCAAAAACACGAUUGCAGUACGUUACUGCACCGAACAAAGUUAUCCCACAACAAGAUAACUACCCUAAGUAUAAUGCAGCUCUUCCACCAUCUCAAACGGCUCCCGAAACGGUGUCCUUACUCCAGCAACCAGGGCCUAAUGUCAAAUACGCCUCGACCGUGGUCAUCCAAGGUCGGGGCUAUAGAGAAAAGCCAAGAACUCGUAUGGGGCAUUACUCAAGUCCGAAUCCACAGUAUCAGAAUUAUUCGCAGUCAGUGCAGGCGCACGUGCCCCAGAAUUUUGAUACCCGACCAGUUCGUCAGACUUCGCCGCAAAUGCAAUACAUGCAGCUGAGCCCCACGGAAUAUAAGAAGAGUGCGCCGGUGAAUUCGCGGUCUUUUAAGCUUCCUUCGCCUCCUCUAGCGCCUACAACCUCAACACAGGUACAGGCAACACCUGGAGCCAGUGUCGUGAGUACGACGAAUAUUCGGAGCAAGGAGCAGUUCCGGUCUCAUAGCUUGCCCCUAGGAUCGCAGCUGAGCCCAGAUUGGGUCGUAAGUGGACCCUCCACAGCUCACGAUGCGCCAGCUGCACAUAAUGCGCGGGCUCGCGAGCCAAAUCAGAGCGCGAUUCGCUAUCGCUCCCGCUCGACGUCAAGCACCGCAGGAGCGGAGAGCGGGGCGGGUACCAGCGGGCCGCGUAGGCCUCCGCCGCUUACAAGUGUGGCCUCCGAACCAACUCUGCCUCAAGCCAGCGUUAUGUUGGCGCAGCUGCUUUCAGCACAGCACUCUCAAAGCCUCUACAAGCUGAAUACCAGCGCUGAGGAAGGCCUGAAUUCGGAUCCUAUGCAGUCUCCAAGUUUAAGGGGACAGCCGUCGCCUAUUGAGAGUGAUAUUAUGUCGCCACAUCAUUCGCGAGCGCAGUCGCGUGCGCAGUCGCUUUCUCCAGGCGGAUCGCCCGGUUCGCCACGCGCGGGUUCUCCCCGUGAACCGCGGCGUACGCAUUUGCACGCGGAACAAAAACGUCGGUAUAACAUCAAAAAUGGCUUCGAUACCCUCCAGGCGCUUAUACCACAUCUCAACACGAACCCAGCUGCUAAGAUAAGUAAAGCGGCUAUGUUGCAAAAAGGGGCCGAGUAUAUUAAACAAUUGAAAGCGGAGAGGAAUCAAAUUAAAGAAGAAAUGGAGAAUUUGAGGCAGCAAAUUGAUUGCUUAAAUAAUUCCAUAUCAAACUGCCAUUCGCUGCUACCAGCGACGGGAGCGCCGGUGUCGCGGGGCCGCGCUAGUCGUCUCCGGGAGAUGUUCGCCGCUCAUGUCGCAGCCAGAACCAUGCAUAAUUGGAAGUAUUGGCUGUUUAGCGUGGUAAGCGCAGCCCUAGUGGAGUCCUUCAGCGCGUGCGUUUCGUGCAGCAGUCGGGCAGACCUCGUACGGACAACUCUACUUUGGGCAGAGCAGCAUUGCUCACUUGUUGAGAUGAGGCCAGCGGUAUUGAACUCGCUACGUGUUUUAUGUACGACCACGGAUAUUCUUUCGAGUCCCGAGAGAUUGGCAGAAGAGGCGCGGGCGGCCGCCGCCGCCGUCAAGAAAGAACCGACCUAA